AUGCCCGAGCUGGCUGAAAACUUACUGUGGCAGAAACUUACGAUCUGUUUCUUUCUUUUUCAGGGUUGGUUAAAAACUUAUGGCUACUUGCUUCCAUCUGACAGCCAAAUGUCUGCCGCGCAGUCGGGAAAAGCUGUGCAGUCUGCAGUGGCCACUAUGCAACGGUUUUACGGGAUCCCAGUAACAGGAGUUUUGGACCAAACAACUCUUGAGUGGAUGAAGAAGCCUCGAUGUGGAGUUCCAGAUCAUCCCCACUUAGGCCAUAGCCGGAGGAAAAAGCGGUACGCGCUAACAGGGCAAAAAUGGAGGCAGAAGCAUAUAACCUACAGUGUGCACAACUAUACUCCCAAGGUUGGAGAGCUUGAUACGAGGAGAGCCAUUCGUCAGGCGUUUGAUGUUUGGCAGAGAGUGACACCGCUUACCUUUGAAGAGGUCCCCUACCAUGAAAUUAAAAAUGACAGGAAGGAGGCAGAUAUUAUGAUAUUUUUUGCCUCUGGUUUCCAUGGAGACAGUUCUCCGUUUGAUGGAGAAGGUGGAUUCCUAGCUCACGCUUACUUUCCUGGACCAGGAAUAGGAGGGGACACUCACUUUGAUUCAGAUGAGCCGUGGACCCUGGGAAAUUCCAAUCACGAUGGGAAUGAUCUCUUUCUGGUUGCAGUCCAUGAGCUGGGACAUGCACUGGGUCUGGAACACUCCAAUGAUCCCAGCGCAAUCAUGGCUCCUUUCUACCAGUACAUGGAAACACACAACUUCAAACUGCCCCAGGAUGACCUCCAAGGAAUUCAGAAAAUCUAUGGUCCUCCUAUUGAGCCUCUGGAGCCAACCAGGCCUUUACCGACUCUUCCUGUUCGCAGAAUUCAUUCCACUUCAGAAAGAAAACAUGAGAGACAGCCUAGACCUCCCAGUCCUCCUCUAGGUGACAGGCCAUCUCCUCCUGGCACAAAACCAAACAUCUGUGAUGGCAAUUUUAACACCGUGGCUCUCUUUAGAGGAGAAAUGUUUGUUUUCAAGGAUCGCUGGUUCUGGCGUCUGCGCAACAACCGGGUGCAGGAGGGAUAUCCCAUGCAAAUUGAGCAGUUCUGGAAAGGUCUCCCUGCAAAGAUUGAUGCAGCCUAUGAGAGGUCUGAUGGAAAAUUUGUUUUCUUCAAAGGAGAUAAAUACUGGGUUUUCAAGGAAGUGACAGCAGAGCCAGGAUACCCACACAGUCUCGUGGAGCUGGGGAACUGCCUGCCCCGGGAAGGCAUCGACACGGCUCUGCGCUGGGAGCCUAUGGGCAAAACCUACUUCUUCAAAGGAGACAGGUACUGGAGGUACAACGAGGACAAGAGAGCAACGGACCCAGGGUACCCAAAGCCCAUCACUGUGUGGAGAGGAAUCCCUCAGGCUCCACAAGGAGCUUUUAUCAGCAAAGAGGGCUUUUAUACCUACUUCUACAAGGGGAAGGAGUAUUGGAAGUUUGAUAACCAGAGGCUGAACGUGGAGCCAGGCUACCCCAGGUCAAUCCUCAAAGACUGGAUGGGCUGUAACCAGAAGGAUGUUGAGCGAAGCAAAGACAGACGCCUCCCCCACGACGAUGUGGAUAUUAUGGUGACAAUAAAUGAUGUGCCUAGCACUGUAAAUGCAAUUGCAGUUGUGAUCCCUUGCAUUUUGUCUCUGUGUAUCCUUGUCUUGGUGUACACGAUCUUCCAGUUUAAAAACAAAGAGGUGCAGCAGAAUGUUGUGUACUACAAAAGACCUGUCCAGGAGUGGGUAUGACACAGUCAGCUGCACAUCGACCUGAUAAGGAUAUGGACAAAAAAAAAAGAUGAAAAAAAAAAUGCAUUCAAAGCCUACCAAACAAAACUACUUCAGUGACUUAUAAAGUUUUGGACAUCCUGGGACUGAAAGCAGCAGGAAAACUGGAAAAAAGACAGGCGGUGUGGAGCCUCGUUCCUUCUUAAUGCCUCAGUCGUGUAAGUCUUGGUGUGCCAUUCUCCACAGGCCCACUCUGCAAACAUCAGAGACUUCAAGACAGGUUUUCUUCAAACUUCUCAGCUAUUUUGGGAAACUUCUGUCAGUUCCCUGCACCAGUGCUCCCUGUUAAACCCAGCAUUCUCCAGUGUAGCUAAACCACCUCUGAACAGAACCAUUUUUUUAAUAGCUCUCAUAAAUGAAUUAAGAUCAUGAAACCUUUGAACAGGAACAAUUCAGUAUCGUAAGCAGAAGACAUUCUGAUGCUGAGCCAUUCUAAGAGAUCUUCUUAGUUUAUUACAAAAACCAGGGCAUUAACCUGGAAACAAUUUUCCAAUACCUGCUGGUCAGAUGUUUUGUACAUUCAUAACUAAUCAACGCUGCCACUCAGCACCGUGCACGAGGAACCAUUCAGCCCUCCAAGAGGUCAAUGAGUGCUGAGCAGAAGCUCACCAAGCACCAAACCAGACACCAUAAAUGUUACUUGGCAACAUCGAGUCCUAAUUGGGACAGUCUGAAGACAAGCUAAUUGCAUAUAACAGCACCAAAUAUGGGAACACACGUUUUUGUUUUGGGAGCCAUUCGUGAAAGAAUGAUGUCAUAUGAUCUUAAGCUCCCAUGAGCCAGAAAGCCGUGGUUACCAAUAUAAUGGAAAAUGUAUAAAUGUAGACUGCACUCUGCCCCCGUUAAGAUGCUGGGAAAAGAUGAAUUGUUGUUAUGUGGCAUGUGUAACUAGAUUGUGGAAUUUGUACGUUGGGUUUCAGGAGAAUGGAAAUGUUUGUUUGGAGUGAGAUCGUCAGUUUGUUUUGCUGAAAUAGUCAAGGUACAGUAAGGAUUAGGCCUGUUUAUAAAACAAAAUCCAAUCCCUGUAGAUGUUACAAACAUUGUCUGCCUUUGAAAUUUUGUUUUUGCUCACUUCUUCACGUGCAAAUAUUUGGCAAGGACCAA